GACUGUUUCUGGUUACCGUCACUUAAAGCCGUUGCAAUUUCCAGUGUCCCCAUUGUACUAUGUAUUUGAAUAGGCAUGGCCCAUCUCAAAAAAAGAUAAAAAAUAUUUCCCACGUCAAGGGAGAACGAGAUAUACUAAAAAGUAGCGUGUAUCCACCCGCUAAGGAGUCGGCCUUCGUAUCUUGUGUCAUACAUGUCCUUGCAAAGCUGUCCCACGUCUUUGUACUAGGAUCUGUUUUUAACUACUUUUAAUAACUCCCGUCUCUCCCAACUACAUAUACUUACUUUCCUCAUGACCAAUCUUCACCAUCUACCGUUCACUUUUCGUGGACGAAAUCCGCAAGCCGGCUCCCAUCCGAGUGCAGGCGUCACUACUUCGAAAGCAAUAAUACAUGCUGUUGAGACAGCAGAAUUAAAAAUGCCAUCUUUUAACCCUUUCACUUCGGUUGCUAGCCGAAGUGCCUGUACCUUAUUCGAGAUACGUCUUGAGAAUGAUUUUAUCGUUUUACGUGGAAACGAGCAUGAGGCUUCCGGCCAGCUGUUGAAGGGUGUCUUAGUCUUAUGUCUGAGAGAACACUUAAAGGUCGAAGAUGUUCAUUUACGACUUAUGGGUAGCUGCCGAGUUGCGUGGGUUGAUGGAAGGCAAACACCGUCGGGUAUUCACAACCAGAAAGUCGACAGAACAGUCACGAUUCUAAGGCAUACAUGGCCUGCCUUCGUAGGAGAAACGACGCAUCACAACACUUUAGCCCCCGGAAACUAUGAAUGGCCAUUCGAAUUUCUGCUACCGGGAGACACUGCCGAGAGUGUGGAGGGGCUCUACCAAACUGGGAUUACCUAUGUCUUAAAAGCCACCAUCUCAAGGGGGAAGUUAGCCAAGAAUGUACAUGCGUACAAACGACUCCGAAUUAUUCGAACUUUAGAACCGGCAGCGCUUGAAUUCAACCACGCUAUGAGCGUAGAGAAUAUAUGGCCUAACAAGAUCGAGUAUUCUGUGGUUAUCCCGCAAAAGGCUGUGGUGUUUGGUAGCAACAUUCCCCUGGAAAUGCGAUUUACGCCGUUGUUGAAGGGCUUGGAAAUGGGCAACAUCAUGGUUAAACUUAUCGAGGUUCAGGAAUUCAGUGUGUCGGGUUUUCCGACCCCAACCAAAAUGUACAAGCACGAUCGCGACGUCACCUCGUGGAAUUUCGAAGUCAACCGCGAAACUAGCUGGCAUGACAAUAUCGAAGAGACCGGUCAGGAAGGAUGGGUUAUUAUCAAGGAAUUGCCGCUGCCGAAGAGAUUGAGCAAGUGCAUCCAGGACUGUUCAGUCCAUGGUAUCAAGAUUAGGCAUAAGCUCAAGCUAACAGUUGCCUUGAGGAAUCCCGACGGACAUAUUUCUGAGCUUCGAGCAUCACUGCCAAUCACUAUUUUUAUUUCGCCGAAUAUGCCUUUAGACGAAGAAGGCAAUCUAGUCUCUCAGGCACCAGAGAACUCCAGCGAAGCAACUACCGAGAGCGAAACGACAAGUAUGGCUCCUCCUGGCUAUGGAAUGCACGUCCUAGACCAGUUGUACGAAGACAUGGAACCAAAUGGUCUCAUGACGCCCGCAGUACAGAGCGGUCUUAACAGUCCUUUCUACGCACAAUCUCGGGCGGGCUCGACGGAAAAUCUCGCAGCAAUGGCCCAUGCCAUAGCUGUUCCUCCCGCUGCACUAUCUUCUAGAUUGCAGAAUGUAUCACUUGACGAAUCUCGGAGAAACGAAUCCUACACGUCAAUGACAUCCGUAUCGGGGUCAACAACGCCAUUUCAUCAUCCUACAGAUGGCGAACACACAGGAGACUCUUCGCAAGCGCAUUCGACACAAUUGUCGCGACAGACAAGCGAGGAGGAUCACCCACCUCAUGCAGGGGGCCACCAUACACCGCCGGAACACACUGAAUGUCUAGAUUUGGAGCAAUUGAGCAAAGUACCGAGUUAUACAACGGCCACUAGAGCGCCGCUGCCAAGGUCGAACAGUUACACGGGUCCCAUAGCACUUCCGGAUUAUCAGACCGCCAUGAGUUCUAUGAGUUCGCCGAAUUCGCCUACGCGCAUCGUAACAACGGAUCCUCUAGCAACCAUAACAGAGGGCCCACAUGCGGAGGGUUCCAGGACACCUUCGGCCACCGGGUCGAGAAGCACGUCAAGAACUCGGUCGACCAAUCGGCACUCGAUGGGGGGGUUCAAUUUCUUCCCCAGCCAUGCCGCGGUCGGCGGCGCUGAUGGAGAAAGACGGCUGCGACUCAUCCAAGGCAGGACUGGUUAGUUGCCACGACGCCUUUGUGGAGGAUUGUGACUCUACUACUGCUACUUUGCCAUCUGGAAAUGGUCCCCACCCCGAGAUUUUCUAUGGGUUACCAAGGUUAUCGGUGUGAUUUAUUUUGUGUUAUAUAUAUUUCUCUUGGCUAGGCGUUUUAAUGGCUCAGGGGGAAAGAUUUACAUGCGCCACGGUUCGUAAAGGGGGUGGGUUUCAUCGGGACGGGCCACACUUUACAUAUACAUACAUAUUACAUGAGAGAGGCGUAAUGGCGUUUGGUUGCGGGAUUCGAGCAGGCGAUCAAAUUGGCCGGUUUUGUUAAGGAUGGACAUAUCUGAGAAUUGUUAUAUACCCCAUCAUGUUCUUGUUCACUAUUGGCACAUUGGCACAUUGGCAUUUAGACUACCAAGAGACACCCAAGACAGUCAAUGUUAGGAGGCGAUACCACAGUCCAUUCCUGAGGCCUCGGCAAAUCGGUUACCGAGGAGAAAGAAGAAUUAAAAGAAAGUUUUCACCUCUG